UAAAGCAAUAAUAAUGAUUGUUUUAUUUGAAUCCAUUGUGAAUUUUUAAGUCUUAUAGAAGAAACAAUGAAUGUAAAGUAUAUAUUUGUUUUGUGUUUCACAAUGAAUUAUUUAGUAAUUCAAAGUGUUGCCGGCGAGACUAGGGAUCAAAUAUGGAGAAGAAUCCAGUUAGAAAAUAUGCAAAUACGAGAGACUUUCAAGAUAACUUUACAACAUCUCCGCCUUCAAUCGGGACAAACACUUACUUUGGAACAAUUAGUGUCGUCUUUGGGCUCCGAUAAUGCAAGACAUGUAUACCAGUAUUUCGAUGAAAAUUCUCGUGCAGCAAACAACCGAAACAACAUAAAUGAGGAUCUUUAUGGGGCCGUUAUCAGAAGAGUUUGCGAAAAAAGUCAACAGGAAGUACUACAAUUUUUAAAUAAGGUUAAUAUUGCAAUACUAAGCGAUAAAAUAGAUGCGCUUUUAGUAUGAUUUAUUUAUUAUACUAGCACAGUACUAUUCUGAUUUAUCAUCCUAUUUUAUGUUAUUUACUAUUUUUUUAAAAGCGAUAUGAGUUGUAAUUGUUUUACUCAUUGUGAAAUCAUAAAAUGUUAAGUACUAACACAAUAUAAUAAAAUGAGUUUCAAAAUAAUAUAA